AUGGGACGCGGCACGUCCACCAUCAAGCUCGACGUACAGGAUCUAUUGACUGGAACUAAGCACACGGAGCGCUUCCGUUCUGGAGACAUGGUCGAGGUUACGGAGUUGGAUGAUCACACGUGCCAGUUCCUUUACAGAAACGAUGGUCAAAUUCAUCUCAUGGAUCCUCACUCGUUCGAGAUGUACGAAGUGCCAGAAUCUGUCCUCGAUGAAAGACAGCUUCAAUUGCUCAAGCCGGACAUGACUGUGCAUCUCUCAAUGUUCCAGCCUGACCCCGAAGUCCCCGGAAAGCCCAUUUCUAUCAAACUGCCAGCGCAGGCUAUCUAUGAGGUGAAGGAGACUCAUGCAUCAGCCGCUCAGGCGAACAAGGGCACGGUAUACAAGAACGCGGAUCUUGAGAACGGGAUCAAGGUCCAGGUGCCGGACUUUGUCAACGUUGGCGAUAAGGUCGUUGUCGAUACCGAGACCGGAAAAUAUGUUAAACGCGCAUGA